AUGGCUGUUCGUCUUGAUAUGUCGCCCGAGGAAGAUGCACGUCUUCCUCCCGGCACCUUUCUACUGAUUCGCGUAGAAGAUGGGGGGUAUGAGCUUGGGGCACAACGGUCUGUAAUGCUUGAUCCUAUCCCGACAAAUGAUCCAAAUGAGCCAUUGAAUUGGAGUACAACUCGCAAGGCCGUGAAUUGGACACUUGUCCUAGGGAUGACAGUAGUCAUUUUCACAGCGCUCUCGAUCCAGACCCUGUUCUGGCAGCAGAUGACCAUCGAUCUGCAGGUUAGCUACACGGAUUUGAAUCAAGCGAUGUCAGUCAACUUUGUCGGUCUUGCCACAGGUUGCAUUCUUUUCAUUCCGCUUGCCAAGAAAUAUGGUCGUCGACCCGUUUAUAUCGUUUCGACUGCCCUGAUGCUCGCUACUUCGUAUUGGACGUCUAGGCUGAAUAGCCUCACAGAGCUUUAUAUUUGCAACUUACUCCAAGGCCUGGGUGGCGCAGUUAAUGAGGCGAUCGCAGAGAUUACGAUAGCGGAUCUCUUCUUCGUGCAUCACCGCGGCACCAUGAACGGUUUAUACAUGACGAUGGUGAUGAUCGGUAGUUUCCUCGCCCCCAUCGGGGCAGGGACCCAAGCGACCAGACAAGGCUGGCGGGCAUCUUACUCCACGAUGGGAGUCUUCAACGCCAUCUUCUUUGUUCUGUUCAUAAUCAUCUACGAAGAAACAAAGUACACACCCGUUAUUGUUGGUCGAUCUGAGCCCGCAGCCACCGACGAGAAUGUUGAAAUUGACCUGUUGGACGACCCCGACAAAAAGACAACAUACCCUUCCGUAACAAAAGCCUCGGUAUCCGUUGAGCCAAGUACUCACCAUCAUGAGCUUGACCCGACAAUCCCGCUUAACUCAUGGCGGGAACGACUUGCUCUUUUCACACCCACAUCGGAACCGAUCUGGCCAUACUAUUAUCGCCCGUUCUAUGUCCUCUUCACUUUCCCCGCUGUGAUGUACUCUGGUUUGCAGUAUGCUGCUGGCGUCAUGUGGCUCACUAUCAUGCCUAGUGUCAUUGCACUCGUCUUUCCCCUUCCCCCGUAUAACUUUACUCCUGAGCAGAUUGGGUUCAUGAGUAUAGGUCCGUUUAUUGGGAACUUGCUCGGUUCGGUUUAUGGUGGUGUUCUGGGUGAUUGGUCCAUCCUAUUCUUUGCUCGUCAGAACAAGGGAUUCUAUGAGCCUGAGAUGCGUCUUUAUAUCCUUCAUCUACCAAUACUCACUAUGACAGGCGGGCUAAUAAUGUUUGGUGUCACGCUGGAUCGAGGAAUGCACUGGAUCUAUCCCAGUGUAGCCGGCGCCUUAUUUGGCUUCGGUCUCGGUAGUAUCGGCGACGCAGCCCUGACGCUCGUCAUUGACAGCUAUCGCGAUAUCACCGGCGAUGCAUUCACGGCAAUUGCGUUUCUACGUAAUGCUUUUAGCAUCGGAGUCCCAUUUGCCAUCUCGCCUUGGAUUGCGCGAAAUGGAUUGCAGAAUAUGUUCAUUACAUGUGGCUUCAUUAGUCUAGCUGUAUCAAGCCUGACUAUUCCGAUGAUAUUCUGGGGAAAGGCGGCUCGGCGUGGACUGGCGACGAGGUAUUAUCGUCUUGUUGAACAGCAGGGCGGCUUGGCUACACACUAA